AAUCACGCGAAGUAUCGUCUCAAGAUCUCAAUUCCUUUAAACUUUUCUUCUAUUUUCGUGCGAUUGCAGUCAAAAUGUCAACGAGAAGGAGCGCCAGAAUUCGCAAUAUUGACUUGGGCGUCAAUACGAAGCCAGCUCAAUCUGCACCUGCGCCUACUGCCUCACCAAAGAGAAAGCGUAAGGCCCCGGCCGAAGACGAGCAAGAUGAGCCGACAACGAAAGGCAAAAAGGCACCACCGAGAAAGGUAAAAGCGACAACAUCAAAAUCCAAGGUCAAUACUACAGCCGAGAGUGAGAUCCAGAAGGAGACGGUGCCAGUUCCUGAUGAUGUCUUGUCAGUUCUGCCAGCCGAGAUACUCCAACAGAUCCUGGAAAGUGUCAAUGACCCAAAAAGCAUGGUCAAGAUGGCCUGCACCUCUAAGCGAUAUUACGCUAUCGUAAUGGCCAUCAUCCAUAAGCGCAUCUCCGUCUCAACCUCCUUCUGGACGCAUAUUCCCCACGUCAUCCGUCGCAUUGAACCCCAUCUAAGCAUAGCCCAAAAGAAACAGCUCAAGAGAGAGUGUAAGUACAAAGGCCAACAAGAGAAGUUCUCAACUCUUCUCGAUCCAAACGCUGUGCCUCCUUGUGCCAGCAAUGUCAGGCAGAUGAUCAUUGGAGGCAUUGAUCCUGGCAAGAGGCAUAAGCCCUUUGUGUUGAGAUACUUUGAGGAAGUCUUGAAAAACCUUCAUAACUUGGAGGUCUUCGAUGCCGAAGACCUUACUGAGCCAAUGGCGGAGAAUCUUUCUAAAUUGAAGAAUCUCAAAUCUAUACGUCUCCACCCUCACCAACGUACCAUAAAGCCUGAAGCUAUGGCUCCACUCGGCAAACUCGGGAAUCUUGAGCACAUCUCCAUCGAAGAUUUGUCUUGGGACAGGAUCAUUGUCACCGACGAACGACCCUUUCAGAGCAUGCUACUCAACUCCCUAUCAACUCUUCAGAGCCUAGAGGUUCGAACAUCCAUAUAUUACUCUGACUUUCUAGGGGAUUGGGAAGACAAACUUAAAGCUCGUAACCCUGAUGCUUUGGAACAACAGCAUGAUUUCACGGCGCUCAAAUCACUGACGUUACGUGGGAUAAGCUUCGAAGGUAAACACCGUGAAAAUGUGAUGCGGAAUUUCACAAGAGCUUUUGACUUUCUCAAACUCAAGGAACUGACGCUCAUGGGUCUUGAAGUGGGACAGCUCAAGUUCUUCAAAUAUCUCGAAGAUCUGUUUACCAAAGGUGGCAAGGGAAGCAUUCACCUGAGAAAGCUGUCUUUGCAGAUGACAGAGCCUGGUUACAAGUCAAACUACGCCGAGACAGAGGUAUACCUCGAAGGGAUGUAUCGAUUCGUCUCGUCCUUUGACUCGUUGACUAGCUUGGAGAUACAUGAUUACAACUUGUACAACUCGGCAGUGCAGCCUAACCCCGGUCUUUCGAGACGGCUGUUGCAGUCGGUUGUGAAGCAUGCGGGGCUCGAAACACUGCGCUUUCAUUAUCGGCAUUCGGGUAGUGAGGCAUGGGACAUACCAUAUGCCUCAGCUGAGUCCGUGGAAAUCUUGACCAAGAACCUACCUUCACUACGGGUCUUUGAGAUUGCGCCCCAAGAAGAUAACCUUGAUGCUAUGGCCCGCGCUCUAUCACACGCCAAGAACUUGAAAAAUCUACUCUGCCCCAACUUCAAGAGCUAUUACGACGAUCGAGAAAACGCCCACUUGAAUCUAGCUAAAAGCCUCCUUGGGGGAUUUCUGGAAAACGCUAGUAGCUGUGAGAAAUUCGCUUGGGAGGAGCAUUAUAAGCUUAGACGCCUCACCAUGGGCUGGACAGACUUGCGUAUUGGAUCUGGACUUAAGCCGAAGAAGAAUUUUGAAAAGCCUGUUAAGAUCGAGAAGGCCGAUCGUAUGGUGAUGGUACAGAAUCUGCGGCCCAAGAAGUGGGGAGACUCGAAGCAGGUGUAUUACACUGCUGAUAGUCGAUGGGUAGAUCAUAUUACGAGGCCGGAUCGUCGCGAGGGACCGUUGCAGCUUGUGUAUGAUGAUUGAGGAUUGGUUACUGUUCAGUUGUGUUAUGCAACGAAUGGAGUAGGAGGUUGGAUACUACAUGGUUAGUUUGCGAAAUUAGAGUAUAUCAAAUCCAGCUGAAAUUGCUCUAAAUAAUACGUUUUCUCAAGUGG